AUGGAGCGGCACGUUCGCAGCGUGUGCGAUUCGCAGAACCGCUGCCGCCUCCUCGCAACGCGAGCUGAACUCCAACCUCUGCGGAAGUUGGACACUGAGAGCCUUGCCGCGGUCAUUCACCAGAUGGUGCUGCAGGUAACUGGGCUGGAGGAGCAAGCAGAGAGUCAAGAAAGGGAGCCGUGGUCCCUGGUCUGGUGCAUGGGAACGAUCACGGAUCAAUGUGGCGACUGUGGGGAGCAGGUUUUCUACGACCUGGCCUUUGCAAAUGAGGUUGCGGCCCACAUCGUCGUCCAACUGGGCGGGUGCAGGUGGACGGACGAGGCGGGCAACGAAGAGUCGGUACAAACAUUGCGAUACCCUCCCAGCGGCUGGGAGUUGGGCUGGUUCGCGGCGAACAAAUCUCCGUGUUAUUGGAGGCGCUCCACAGCGCAGGUGUCUGCAGACUUCCCAGGCGAGAUCAAAGCCAUGGGCACUGAGCGAAGCUACGUCUUCCGGGCCGGAGGCCCGCCGGAGUCCAUCGGCAUGCAUCUCACGGAGUACGGUUUCAUCUCAAAGGUCGUCAGCGGCAGCCAAGCAGAAGAAUUUGGCAUCCUGGCAUCCUGGCAAGUCAUCGCUGUCAACGGCCAGUCUUUCGAAAGGUGCCCGGAGUAUCUGCGAGCCUGCCGCUUGGGAGACAAGCCCUUCACUGUCACCGUGGCCUGCUGUGGCGUUGCCACGCUGGAGGAUUUUGGUAUGAUCCGGCGGCGAGAUUCGCGGCUGCAUCUUCCGCCGGAGUGGGCGGAGGUGAUCAAAGAAGCUCGGGCAGGGCUGAGCUAUUAUCGAAAUGAUCAGACAGGUCAGUGCUGUGAGGGAACCCCGCUGCCUCAAGCCCAGUAUCCCAAGAGCAAGGACCCUGAACACGAAGGGCGCUGCGGCUCCGCGCUCGCGAUGCUGGCUGGGGCCGUGACUCGCAGCCGUCCUUCGCGCCGGCCAGCUCUCGUAGGCCUGCUCCGUGACUUCACUCAUGGCCUGAACGAGGCCACCCGGAUCCGCGCGAUCGAGGCCCUGUCAUGCAUGGCCGGCGACCCGGACGCCCUGCGCGCGCUCGCUAGCCGCAAGUCGGACGACAGCCCCAGCGUCACCGACGCUCUGUGCACCGCGCUCGAACACUGGUUGAGGAAGGACCCUGGCUGCCAGGAAGCCAGGCGCUUGCUUCGCAAGCACCAAGAAGCAGUGAGGGCUCGAGCGGAGCAGUACCCUAACGGCGUGGCAUUCCGAAUAGACAUGCCAGGCUUUGUGGCGGGGCUUCUGGGGCACAUGGACGACAUGGAUGGAGAGGAUGAGUCCGACUGA